AUGCCUUUCAUAGACGAAGUGUAUGAAUCAAAUAGCAAAGCAAAAUUUGCGCGACACGAGGAAGAAAUCCGUGUAGCCAUGCAGAGUUUGAGAUUCCUCGAUGUCUUCAUAAAACCAAAUUACGCGAUCGUCGUUGUCGGUCAGUAUUCCGGUCUCGUAGGCGUCGGAUUUUUGCUUUUAGUCCUGCCAAACGAAAGAACACGAACCUGUGUACGACAGACAGAAUGUGCCCAGCAAAUGCAGUCGUCGCAAGGCGCCCAGUCGUCGUCGCCCUUCAUCGACAUCGCGGACGCCAGACCGAAUUAUUCUGCGCAGAAUUUGUACGUCCAACCGCCGACCCGAGGUCAGCACGGUCAUUCGGCGUCCCUGCUGUCGAAUGCGUCGCCGACGGGCCUGGACGACGAGACUCAGGGCAAGAGCAAUUUGGUGCCACGUGGUGGGCUGAGGUACGACCAAGGCCCGCCGCCACCGGGCGGCGGCAUGCCGCCUCAGAUGCAGGAUGAGGUGCCGCCUCCGCGACCGCCGCUACCGUCCCUGGGCUCGCCCUGGUUGAGACGCCGGAGCUGA